ACUGCGACAAAAUGUCAGGCAGAGGCAAAGGCGGAAAAGGUUUGGGGAAAGGCGGCGCUAAGCGUCACCGCAAAGUUCUCCGUGAUAACAUCCAGGGCAUCACUAAACCCGCCAUCCGCCGUCUGGCUCGCCGUGGCGGAGUCAAGCGAAUCUCCGGUCUCAUCUACGAGGAAACUCGCGGCGUCCUCAAGGUUUUCCUGGAGAACGUCAUCCGCGACGCCGUCACUUACACCGAGCACGCCAAGAGGAAAACCGUCACCGCUAUGGAUGUGGUUUACGCUCUCAAGAGACAAGGACGUACACUGUACGGUUUCGGUGGUUAAACUCUUCAGGCGUCCCAUCAACAUUUAAACCAAAGGCCCUUUUAAGGGCCACGCACUGAUUCAUCUCAGAGCUAUUUUUGUCCGUGAUCGUGUCUUGAUAUCGAUCCUUCAUCAUACUCACAAAUUGUAAUUACAGGACGUGACGUGGAAGUGUGCUACACGCGUGUAAUCUUGCGUAUACAAGUUAUCUGCACUCCAAACAAGAUACGAUUAAGUAACUUUUCCAGUACUGUAUGUUUUCAAGUAUAGGAUAUUUUAGUUGUAUAGUGUUUAACUUUUUAGGUGCAAUAACUUUGCCUUUAAUCUUAACCAACAAUUUGUUUUUAAACGUUUCGAUGGGAAAAAAAUUCAUGUACCAUACAUUAUUAUUACUAUUUAGUUAUUUAACAGCUUCCCCCCCCCCUCGAAUGUUUAAGCACUGUGUUAAUGUUCAAAUAUUAAAUACUGUGCACGUUUUAAGACUAAAACUUCCUUAGUUUUUGAUUAACGUUGCAACUGUAGUUUUAGUGUUGGUCAUCAUGGUGGUGCUUGGGAAGGUAAGUAUUCUUGAAGUGGAACUUUGCGUCAAAAGUUUGAGAAACACUAAGAAGAUACUCAUGAAAUCUUAAGCUUCGUAAAAAAAAAAAAUAAUAAUAAUUGCGGUGAUGUUAUUUUAUUGUGAAUUACAUUGGCUUUUUGUCUCUUGUUUCGUGUGUACUCACUUUGGCGAUAUUAAAUCGAAUAACAUUUUGUGUGCGUGUGUGUGUGUGCACAACAAAGAAGCUUCUGUUCGGUCAUUGUGGGAGGGGUGGGAAGGGUGAAGGUCUAACCGCCAAAAUACGUCACCUGUCCUCUUUCACGUCCGAAACCAGUGCAGCUAAGGCUCGCCAGGAGCUUCAACAGGAGAGUCGAGCCUCUCCAAGCGAGCGAUGUCGUCAGCCAAUCAGAGAGUGGCGCGAUGUCGUCAGCCAAUCAGAGAGUGGCGCUGGCACAGCGCGCGUAGCACGACCCCCUCUAUACUAACCCUGACUGUAUCUGUCGACACUAAUCAUGAGAUAAAAAACCUAUUCCAUCUAAUUAGUGAAUAAAUGUCAGUCUGUUAUACCCUUUCAUAGGCUAUUUGAAUGUUAUGUCUAUUUGAAUCUAUCUUUAUACAUUAUGUACAGUACAGCGACUGCAUGAUUUGAAGUCGGGACUCUCGGGAGGCCAGGUUAUUCGUCGAUGAGGUAAACAAAGUUGUGUAUUGUAGUAA